UCUAUUCUCUCCUCUGUACCAAGACAAGGUCACAUCUUUCCGGUUCUUCACAGAUCACACCACUGAACAGCUGGAGCUUUAGAGGAAUGAACCAUUUGUUGAGAUGGAGAAGUCUUGCCAGACUGAUGUUCAUUCUGCUAUAUUUUAUCAUUGAAGUACUCUGUGUUUCCCAGCAAACAGUCCAGUCUGAGAUUCAGCAGGUGAAAGGCAUCGUAGGACAGUCUUUCUCUUUUCCAGAGAGGGUGAUCAAGACUGGCAAUUUACUUUAUGGAGACCUUGGCACUAUUGCAAAUGUGUACCCUGGUAAACGAGGCAAAAUCACCCUUAAGAAGAGAUUUAAAAACCGCCUCCACUUGAACAAUGUUACAAGAUACUUCACUCUGUCAGACCUUCAGAUAGAUGAUGCUGGAGUUUAUACUGUGGAGAUAACAGAUGAAGGAAAAAAACUAAAAACAUUGGAGCUCACUGUAUACAAUGUUGUUUCCAAACCUCAGGUGACAGAGUGUGACAGCAGCUCCUGUAGUGUGCUGUGUUCUGUGGACAACGAAAAAGAGGUGACCUUGACCUUGUACAGAGGAGAGGAAAUACUAAACCAGACCAGCAGUCCUGACCUCACCACCGAUCUAUCUCUCCGUUUGGACGUAGAGGGAAAGGACUACAACUCCACCUACAGCUGUGUGGCUGCCAACCCUGUCAGCAAGGAGACAGUUCAUGUCCCAAAAUGUUGCAGUGAGGGAUGGUCAUCCUAA